AUGGCUGAUUUCUUACAAAAAGCUAUUGGUGCUAUGUCGAUUGAAGAUGAGGAACCGCUGGUGCUCCCGGACAGUCCUCAGUUUACGGUCGUGGAUGCGAAUGAGACCAGUCUGCUUGGUCGCCUUCUCAACCCAGAUUGCCAAUCCAUGGCUCGCAUGAUCGACUAUAUGCCCACUGCGUGGAGGGUUUAUGGAAGGGUCCGAGGUAUCGCGUUAUCUCGUGAUCGUUUUCAGUUUGUGUUCCAGAGAGAGGAAGAUCUGGUGAUUGUUCUGAAUGAUCGUCCGUGGUCAUAUAAUCACUGGGCGAUGGUGCUUGAAAGAUGGACUGCUUCUCCUCCUGUGGACUUUCUGAACACAAUGGAGAUUUGGAUCCGUAUUCGGAAUAUUCCGCAGAUUCACUUCACGUCGGAAACUAUGUAUAAGCUUGCCUCGGAGAUAGGUAAAGUAGAGGUGAUUGCCUAUGAUCCAAAAGUAUCCCAUACUAAAGAGUAUAUCAGUGCAAAGAUUACUUUCCAUGUGGAUAACCCAGCUAAAGCGGCGAGGAAGUUGGCGCUGAAAUCAGGUGGAACUGUCACCAUUGAAUAUGAUUAUGAAAAGAUUCAUAAACGUUGCUUUCACUGUCUGAGGCUAACACAUGAGAAGAUUCGGUGUCCUUUACUCAGAAAGGGGCAGAUAAAGUCUAAUGGUGGGAGCUCGAGUUCUGCGAUUAUCCCUAAUAAAAUUCCUAGUCUGCCUGCGGUGAUCAACCAAGCGAGAUGUGAAGCGUUGGUGGCUCCACCGGGUUUUGCACCCCUGUUCCCUGAACUAUCCCCUACUGACCAGAAGAUGGCUAUGCUCUAUAUAUCUCAUUCUGAUGAGACUGAGCGCAAUGCAAGGAUCCUGAGGGUGCGACAGGGCAUUGAGGACAAUGCAAGAGAAUCGUCCUUGCGACUAAUAAAGAUUACGAAUGAGAUUGAUAAAGGCAAGGGUCAUGUUUUCCACUUCCCUGAAAACAUCAACUAUCAGGGAGAUUGUAGUAAGUUUUUUCGUGCUGGUGCUCAGCUGCUGCUUGGAAGUAUUGAAGAUGAAGCUGAAUCAUCUGCUAAAGCUCCUGAUACCAUGUCGGCCCCUAUCCUUGGGUCGUCGGGUUUUCAGCUUGGCCCCUCUUCGGAGGGGCGUGCUUCCGGAAACUUAAGCUUGGGCAAAGCUCCAAGGAUCUGGCCUCCAUAUUGGAAGAGGAAAGCAAACUCCACGAAAAGGAACUCUGUCGCUGGACCUUCCUUGAAAGAUCAAGAUCAGACGGCUGCAAAUGGUUCGAAGAGGAAGCAGAGUGUGUCAGCUUCGGCCGUGGACAACAAAACUCCAAAGUACACAGAAUCUUCGGUGGCUUCCGUAUUGAAGCCGCUGCAGCCGCAAUGA